AUGGCCCUCAGAAGUCUCAAUCACUAUUGCAAAGUAUUCGACAUCGAAGGGGCUGACAGGCUGCAAAUUGUGACACCGAAAUUUGCCACCUACGGAAACGCACAAAAACGCUACUUUCCCGUCAAUGUGCGAUUCGAUGGAGCUCAAUGGGAUGGAAUGAGUGCCCGGCUGCGCUUCGAAGGCAGCUCGGCCCCGGAAGAGAUUUUCAAGAUUGUGUCGGAGAAGGAUGAGAAGAUCCGGCUCAGCUACCCCGGGAACAAGCCCCUUCUCUGCAUCCGGCUUGAGGUGUUUGAGGGCACUACACGGCAGUUUGUUAUAUCGACGCAGAAAAUUCACUUCACCGGAAGACUGACCGCGCACGUAGUAGACCUCCCCGCAACGAUAGCACUUAUGGGCGAAUCGAAGGCCUAUCUCUCCCUCGACAAUGAGGUGUUGGAAAGUACCAAAGAAGCCGCCUUCAUUAGGAUCACGGCUGCUGGGAAAGGCAGAAGGCCAAAGUCGUUGAAAAAUGGACAAGAGGUGGCGCUCGGAGGACGACUGGAUCCUGACACAUUGAUCGUCAAUGUGAGCAAGAUUGGAAAGAACGCUAGAUACAACAUCGUGGAGGGUGACCAAGUGAUUUUGGAUGAUCUGAACGGGCGGUGCCUUACUUUCAACCCACGCGGCGUUACCUUCAUUGAUGCGCUGGCCCUUCCUAAGCCAAAAGAAGGCGAUCAGCUGUUUACGAUCGGUGUUGUGCAACCGGUCACUUGGCUGAUCAAGAGAACUGUGCCAGAGGGCGAGUACCCCGUCAUUCCUCCCGAACUGGAAGUCUCCGACAACCGCAUCCGCCUGAGAGGCUCCUACGAGACUGCCGCCCUGUACAGCUCUUUUGCCCCCGAUAAGAAGCUGCGCCAGGAGAAGCGCAACAACGGCUGCGACUAUUUCGAUCUGCCCCAGCGCCCACGGGAAGCUCUGCGCGAAUCUUGCGCAAUCAAGAUCGUCAUGAAUGGGAUUCCUAUGCUCUACAGACAUCUGUUUAACACGAAGAAUCGCAAGUUCGAGCAGACUGCCAUCUAC